AUGCCUUCCAAGUCCUCGAAGAAGCCUUCGGGCUGCGGCUGUUGCUGCUUCUCCCUCCGCAACCUGAGCAUCCUCGCCGUCUUCCUGGCCCUUUUCUCUGCCGUCUAUAGCUUUCUCGACGCGCGCCUGGACCAGUUCUACAUCUUCGACCCAGAGCACUUGCACGACCUGUCCCAGCGCGCCAUCGAGGCCCAUGGCGAAGAUACCAAUUCAGUCGUCAACUUCAUUGUCUCCGAGCUCGAGACUACGGUCGGCACGGAUCACCUGAAUCUCGAGCAGGAGUGGGUGUUCAACAACGCGGGUGGUGCCAUGGGUGCCAUGUACAUUAUCCACGCCAGUAUCACCGAGUAUUUGAUCAUCUUCGGUACCGCCGUCGGAACCGAGGGUCACACCGGCCGACACACCGCGGACGACUACUUCAACAUUCUGCACGGCACCCAGCUCGCCUACGUCCCUGGGUCCUACGAAGCCGAGGCUUACCCGGCUGGUACCGUACACCACCUCCGACGUGGCGAGGUGAAGCAGUACAAGAUGGAGUCGUCGUGCUUCGCGCUCGAGUACGCCCGUGGCUGGAUCCCUCCCAUGCUCUUCUUCGGCUACGCCGAUACCUUCUCCUCCACCCUGGACUUCCCUACUCUCUGGGCGACCACCCGCAUUACCGGUCGUGAGAUGAUCUCCAACUUGCUCAAGUCCAAGUUGUAG